AUGGCGGAGAGGGCGAAAUCUUCCCCCGGCUCUGGCUGGGGCGGAGUCUCCCUCCAGCUGCCCACCUUCUCCUCCUUCCCCGCAACUUCCGCCACACCCACCCCGCAGCCCUCCGCGCAAACCCCCUCGACCGCGCUGGCGGGAAUGGCUUCCGCCUUCCAGUCCUUCGGCUCCGCCUUCCAGUCCUUCGCGGGCACAGUCGCCUCCGCUAUGCCCCCCGUGUCCCCCCAGGGGAAGGCGCAGCCCGGCGGGCGGGGCGCGGGGGGGCACGCGGACGGCGAGCGCGUGCAGGAGUUCCUGCAGGAGCUCUCCGCCAAGUCGCAGCGAGGGGUUGGGGGCGGUGAGGAGGUGUACGACCCGGCGAUGCUGACGGACGACAAGAAGCAGUGGAAGGAGCUGCAAUCCGUGAACAGUGUACGGCUGUCGCUCCCCUUCCCCCUCCCAGUGCGCGCAGCAGCAGGGCGCACUACAAGCGCCCUCCACUCCAGCUCACUCGCCCCUGCCUCACUCCCCAUGCCUCCUCACCACGCCUCUCCUCUCCUCUCCUGCUCUCCCCACCUCCGCCGCUGCUCCCUCCCCCUCUUUAGCCUCUCUUCCACUCUCUCUCUCAUUCUCUCCCCGUGUCCUCACCCUGUCUCCUGUCUCCCUGUCUGCGCCCCCCUCUUCUGUGCAGCACAACCGACUGCUGGGAGCCGACACAUGUAUCGACCAUCUUGUGGUGGUGGGGCUGCACUGCACCCCAACGCGGAUCUCAGUAGCCCCUCAUCCCACCCUCUUUCUCCCCACUCCCUCUCCCCCAUUGUUCCUCCCCCACAGCGCAACCGGUUGUUAGAAGCCGACACAUUAACCGAUCACUUGGUGGUGGUGGGGCUGCAUCCCAAGGCGGACCUCAAGAGAUGCCCUUGCAACAACCCACUCUUCUCCUUUCUCCCCAUGUGUGUGUGUGUGCAGCGCAAUCGCCUAUUGGAAGCGGACACAUUCAUAGACCACUUCGUGGUGGUGGGGCUGCACCCCGAGGCGGACCUCAGCGCCGUGGAGGCGGCCUUCGCCACGCAUAAGCGCGGGCAGCUCAACGGCACCAUCAGUGACGCGCUGCCGCCGCCUGCUGUCAAUCUAGAUGCGCAGGUGAGCUAUGCUGCUGCUGGGUUGCUGGGUGCCGUGGAGGCGGCCUUCGCCACGCACAAGCGCGGGCAGCUCAACGGCACCAUCAGUGACGCGCUGCCGCCACCUGCUGUGAACCUAGAUGCCCAGGUAUGCUGUGGUGCUGGGGUGGUAUGCUGUGGUGCUGGGGUGGUAUGCCGUGCUGCUGGGGUGGUAUGCUGUGCUGCUGGGGUGGUAUGCUGUGCUGCUGGGGUGGUAUGCUGUGCUGCUGGGGUGGUAUGCUGUGCUGCUGGGGUGGUAUGCUGUGCUGCUGGGGUGGUAUGCUGUGCUGCUGGGGUGGUAUGCUGUGCUGCUGGGGUGGUAUGCUGUCAACCGCCACAAGCGGGCGGGCAGCUCAACGGGACCGUCAGUGACUCCGUGUCGCUGCCCGCUGUGAACCUAGAUGCCCAGCUGCUGUACAAGUACCCGCCACGAAAGAAGCUUGCUCUCUCGCCCUCCGACCUGCCAGGCUUCUGCUUCCCAAACGGUGUUGAGGCGAGGUGCAUGGAGAAGACACCGUCCAUGAAGGGCUUCCACCAGUCCAUCUACGGCCAGGCCUACCAGACGGCGGACGACAAUGCAUACGUGUUCCUCCUGGCAGUGGACGACAACGCCACGCUGUACGGGGUGUGCAUGGUGGUGCACGAGGUCGUGCAGCGCCCGCCCUCCGUGCUCGCCAUGAACAACGCCCUGCACGGCCCCAAGCCCGCCGGCCUGCCCUCCAAGUACCUUGUGACGGCACCGCGCUGCUACUGCUUCCUGACCCGCCUGCCGUUCUUCGACCUGCACUUUGAGGAGCAACUAGACCACAUGAAGCAGCACAUGCGGAGCAUCAACGCCAGCAGCGCAUGCCAUCUCUCUUCCCACCCGUGCACCACCUCUCGACACCCGUCCACCCCUCCCUGCCACCUUUCUCUCCCCACAUCACCCCCCCACCCCUUCCCCAGCAUCCUGGUGCAGGAGCGCCUGGACCACAUGAAGCAGCACAUGCGGCGCAUCAACGCAGGGGGCAUCCAAGCCAUGCGACGGGGGGGCUUUCACAGCGACGACGACGACGAUGACGACGAUGACGAUGACGAUGGCAUGGGCAUGGGCGCGGGUGGGAAGUCAUUUCGAGGCAAGAAGAAGAAGGAGAAGGAUCCGAUGUCGUUCGCUGUGCCGGUUUCCACGCUCGCCCCGGCCCACUCCUUCUCUCGCUCGCCGUCGUCGCGGCGGCUGCAGGGCGUGAUGAAGCUGAAGGGGGAGGCGGAGCAGCAGGUGGGACGGCGGAGCUUUAAGAGCUUAAGGGGCCUGUCGAAUGUGAAGGGGCUGCAGGGGUUUAUUGCCCAGCUGCAGGCGGAGCAGCGUGGGGAGGAGGGGAAGGGGGGUGGGGAGGGGGAGGGGAUGGCGGAAGGGAGGAUUGAGGAGGGCGAGGAGGGAGAAGAGGGGGAGGAGGGGGAGGAGGGGGAGCAGAGCAGUUUUGCGGAGGGGGAGGAGGAGGGGGAGGGUGAGGGGGAGUGGGAAGGCAAGGAGGAAGAGCAGGAUGAGGACGAGGAGAUGGAAGCGGGUAUGGCUGAGGGGAGUGAGGAGGAGGCGGGGGAGGGCGAGCAUGAGGAGCAAGAGGAGGAGGAAGCGGGAGAGGGAGAAGAAGAGGAGGAAGACAAUGACGAUGAGGAGUUUUCUAUGAGGCAGGCAGUGCGGCGGGGCCGGCUAAUGGUGCCGAAGGAGCUGCUGCAAGCACACGAGGAGGAGGCGGGGCGGGCGGGCGCCGGCGGUAUGUGGCGUUCGGAUAGCAUUGGGUAUGGCAUGGGGGACGAUGAGGUGGAUGGGGAACUCAAAGAGCAUGUGCGGGAGUUGCUGGGGGAGCUUGUGGGCGGCGCUGGGGAGGACGAGGAGGAGGAGGGAGAGGGGGAGGAGGGAGAGGAGGGAGGGGAGGGGAACGUGCAUAUGGAGGGGGGUUUUACGUUCAUAGCGGGUGUGCUGAAGCGGAGCUAUCGGGAGCUGGGGCGGGAGUGGGGUGAGGAGGGCUGUGAGGAGGAGAGGCAGGGCGCGGGUGGCAAGGCCGCCAAGAGCCCUAGAGCUCCCAAAAGCCCCAAGAGUGGCAAAAGCCCGAAAAGCCCUAGGAAUGGCAAGAGCCCUAGGAAUGGCAAGAGCCCUAGGAAUGGCAAGAGCCCUAGGAAUGGCAAGAUCCCUAGGGAGAGGAGUGGGUGUGAGGAUGGGGUGGGUGGCAGGGAGGCGGGUGUGGGGGACGAGGGGAAGGUUCGGGCGUCGUCACGGCGGCGCAAGACAGUGUCGUUUGGGGAAGCGGAUUGGGGGGAGGAGGGUGAGAACGAUGCAGAAACGGGGGAGGGAGGAGGGGGGACGGGAAGUGCCGGGGAGGGAGGGGAGGAGGGGUUGGAGGAGAGUGGGACGGUGGGUGGGGGGAGGGGUGGGAGGAGGAAGAAGCUGGAGCGAGUGAUGACUGUAGAGUCUGGGGAGGCGAGGAGGAGGGCGGAGAGGGAGGAGGACAGUGAGGUGGAGAAGAAGGCUCACAGAGAGAGACAGCGCCUGGUGCGGCUGAUGACUGUGGAGAGCGGUGGAAAGGGAUGGGAAGGCGGAGAGAGGGAGGAGGAGGACGAGGAGGAGUGGGGGGAGGAGGAGGAGGACGAAGUGGAGGAGGAAGAGGAGGAGGAGGGUGAGGAGGAGGAAGAGGAGGAGAGGAGGACAGUGGGGCGGCAGGGAAAGAAGCUUGUACGUCUGAUGACAGAGGAGGCAGGGCGAGCAGGGGGGAAGGCGCUGGGUGGCGGGAAGAAACUGGUGAGGCUGAUGACUGAAGAGGCGGGGCGGGCAAAGGGGAGGGGGGGAGGGGAAGUGGAGGAAGGAGAAGAGGAGGGAGAUGAGGGCGAGGAGCAGGUAAGGAACAAGAACACCGGUAGUGGCAGGAAGAAGCUGGUGCGUCUGAUGACAGAGGAGGCAGGGCGAGCAAUGGGGAGGAAGGGAGGUGGGGAAGUGGAUGAAAGUGGGGAGGAGGGAGAGGAGGGCGAGGAGAGCGAGUUGCAGGUGAAGAGCGAGGGGAGGGGCAGUGGCAGGAAGAAGCUGGUACGUCUGAUGACAGAGGAGGCAGGGCGAGCAGGGGGGAUGGAGCGAGGUAGCGGAAAGAAACUGGUUAGGCUGAUGACUGAAGAUGCGGGGCGAGCAGCAGAGAGAGGGGGAGGUGGGGGGUGGGAGGAAGAGGAAGAGGAGGUGGAGGAGGAUGAGGAGGAAGAGGAGCAGGUAAGGAGCGAGGUGGGCAGGAGUGGGAGGAAGAAACUGGUGCGUUUGAUGACAGAGGAGGCAGGACAAGCAAGUAGGAAGGGAGCAGGUGGGGGGAAGAAGCUUGUUCGACUGAUGACUGAAGAAGUGGGGCAAACAGAGGGGAAGGGGGCAGGGGGGAGGAAGAAGUUGGUUCGAUUGAUGACUGAAGAGGUGGGGCAGGCAGGGGGGAAGGGGCCAGGUGGGGGUAAGAAGCUGGUUAGACUUAUGACCGAAGAGAAUGAGGCCUUGGGUACCAUGGGAGAGGACGAGGAGUGGGACGAUGAAGAAAUGGUUACGCUGUGGGAGGGGGAGGAUGAGAGCGAGGAGGAGGAGGAGGAGGAGGAUGAGGAGAGUGGAGAGGAAGGGGACGAAGGCAGGCGCAUGGGAGGCCCGAGAGGGUCCUCUUUGAAGCUGCGACGCUCCAUGACUGUAGACGACGAUGAUAACCCGUUAGGCCCGUGCCCUUAUAACGAGUACGACAUGCGUGCUGGCACCGGGGGUAGCAAGGCGGCGAAAGGCGAUGGGGAUGGGGCAGGAGAGGGUGGGGGCCGUUGGGGCAUGGAGCGCAAGGCGUCUCUGAAGCUGGCUCGCAGCCUCACUGAGGACUCGGGCUGGCUUGCAGCAUCAGUGAGGACUCCGGGAACAUCACAACGAUGUGCUGCACAAGUGUGCGCAUGCCACACAUCCACAGGUCCCUCUGUGCGGGCAGGCCAUGCUGAUCAUCACAACGACGCGCUUCAAAUCGUGUGCGCGUACCACACCUCUGCAGUCCCUCCGUGCGGCCAGGCCAUGCUCUUCCACCCGCUGCCGCACCUGCUGCCGCUCGGCUUCUCCCGCAGCGAGCUGGAUAUUGACGAGCGCUGCUUCCCCGCCCACGCUGACGACUUGCUCCUCAGAGAGCUCAUGCAUGCUGAGGAGGCCGCUGGGGUCGCGUGCUUCGCCGUUGCUGCUGCGUGUCGUGCUCUCAGCCUCGAUAAUAUCCUCACGGUGCUGGCAGCGGUGCUGUUGGAGCGCCAGAUCGUCUUCGUCUGCCCCAACCUGAGUGUGCUGUCAGCGGUGGUGCUGUCGCUCAUCCCCAUGAUCCGCCCCUUCUCCUGGCAGUCCGUGCUGCUGCCGAUUCUACCCAGCCAGCUCCUCACAUUCCUCGAUGCGCCCGUACCUUUCCUUGUGGGCAUGCAGUACAAGACAGUGGAGCUCAAGGACCGAGCCAGCAACCUCAUCCGAGUGAACAUUCCCAAGGACAAGGUGAAGGUGCCCACGUACCUGCCGCGCCUACCAGACGAGGUGGACCUGUACAGCCGCCUCGAGCCCUUCCACUCUGCGCUUGCGUCCGUGCCGCACGCUGAAAAGCGCCCCAUGUACCGCACCACUGAGGACCAGGUGGCAGCAGCGGAUGGCUUCCUGCUGACGCUGAGGAGCUACAUCGACACCUUCUGCACCGACGUGCGCAUUCACACCAUCACCAGCGUCAAUCAGGGCGGCCAGCGGGCCGCUUCUAAGCCCGGCGGCGUUCUCAAGGGAGUGGAAGACGUCGCACCGCACCGCCUCUCCUCCACGUUGCCGCAGCGCGUGCCGGAGCUGGUGGACCUGCGGGAGACGAUGGAGGAGGUGGUGCCGGAGCAGCGCGCGCGACUCGCGGCGAUUAAAGCCAAGUACGGCGACAUGGUUCUGGGCGACGUGACCGUUAACAUGGUACCACCCGCUCCAAUUGUCAUCCCUGCUUUGUCACUUACCCCCCUCGCCACCUUUCCGCCCGUCUUCGUCCCUCCUCUGCUCCAUCACUACUUGCUCUCAUCUUUCCCCUCCUCCGUCUUUCCCCUUUCUCCCUCUUUUCCUCCUCUCCCCCCUUUCCCCCACGCUUUUUCCACCAUUUCGCCUCCUCGCCUCUCCCGCUCUUCCCUCCACCGGUGCGCCGUGCGCCAGGGCAUAAAGUUCCGCGGGCUGUCCAUCCCCGAGUGCCAGGCGCAGCUGCCCUCCGCGCUCGACGGCGGCCAGCCGCUGCCCGAGGCGCUGCUCUGGCUGCUGCUCACGGGGGAGGUACCCACGGAGGAGCAGGCGGUGUCGCUGGCUGUGGAGCUUCAGGACAGAGCGAGACUUCCAGACGCGGUGUGUCAGGUGAUAUGGUCCCUCCCACCAUCGCUGCACCCAAUGACUCAACUCUCCAUAGCCGUGCUCGCCCUGCAGCGCACCUCCAAGUUCGCAGCCGCGUACCACCGCGGCACGCACAAGCGGGACCUCUGGCGCUACGCACUAGAUGACAGCCUAGAUCUGAUCGCCGCCCUGCCGGAGAUCGCCGCCCGGAUCUACAACCGCAGCUGCAAGGAGGGCGGCGCGCGGCCGGGCGUGCGGACGGCACGGGAGGAUCUGGACUAUGCGGGGAACCUGGCGCACAUGAUGGGAUUCGAUGAUGAGAGGAUGGACGAGCUGCUACGGCUGUACCUCACCAUCCACGCGGACCACGAGGGCGGCAACGUGAGCGCGCAUGCCACCCACCUGGUGGGGUCGGCGUUGUCCGACCCGUUCCUCGCCCUCUCUGCCGGCCUCAAUGGGCUCGCCGGCCCGCUGCACGGGCUGGCCAAUCAGGAGGUGCUGGGGUGGCUGCACUCGCUGAGGGCGGAAUUGGGGGAGCGACCAAACAAGGAGCACCUGGGGGAGCACGUGAGGCGGGGGCUGGCAGCGGGAAGGGUGGUGCCGGGGUAUGGGCAUGCUGUGCUGCGCGUGACUGACCCGCGCUACUCGUGCCAACGAGAGUUCGCACGGCAGCACAUGCCGCACGACCCCAUGGUGCAGCUGGUAUCAGACCUGUAUGAGGUGGUGCCGCCCAUUCUGAAGGAGACUGGCAAGGUGCAGAACCCGUGGCCCAACGUGGACGCUCACAGCUGUGCGCGUUAUGUGCAGAACCCGUGGCCCAACGUGGAUGCUCACAGCGGCGUGUUGCUGCAGCACCUCGGGUUAACCAAUGCCAAGGAUGGUAGGGUGGGGCUUGGCACAGGAGGGGCAGGUGGUGUUGGGCUUGGCACAGGAGGGGCAGGUGGUGUUGGGCUUGUGCCAAUGGGUUUGCACCGCCUAAGCCUCAGCAACAGCAAGCGAGUGCAACAACAAGGGUGUGCAGGAGCAUGA